UUGGAAACUUGCACGAUAGUUGCAGCAGAGUACUUUUCACAACUUUUGCCCAGUUUGCUUAGCUCGCGUUGUUUACCAAGAUGAGAUGCAGCUCGGAAGAGAGUGGAGAUAGCUCAUCUCAGAAGAAGUACAAGGGAGUGCGUCAAAGGAAAUGGGGCAAGUGGGUGUCCGAAAUCCGAGUCCCCGGCUCCCAAGAACGCCUUUGGCUCGGCUCCUAUGCUACACCCGAGGCUGCCGCCGUGGCUCGCGACGUUGCUUUUUAUUGUCUGCGCGGACCAUCGGCGUUGGACUACCUCAACUUCCCGCUAAUGUUGCCUCAUGGUGUCCGGAAUGGCAUGUCGCCAAGAUCGGUCCAAAAGGCGGCCUCGGACGCUGGCAUGGCUAUCGAUGCCCAGUUGAUCGCACACAAGUUGCCGGACAAAGAAUUGACGAGGGAAGAAAAAAGUGGUGUAGCUCCUGGCCAGGAGACAGAUUGUACUUGGGAAAGUGUGGGAGACAACUCACGUGGGACGUGGGAAGGAAGUCAUGAUCAGUGGAAAGAAGAUGGAUGCGAGGCCAAGGUUGUCUGUCUUCGUGUCUAAUGAACUUAUGGCAGAAGCUGGGAAACAAGCAUACCAAGCAUUCGAAGGAAAACCUCAAUGGAGGGAGUAUGAGGUGUCAAGAAAGAGAGAGGAUGGAUUAUUGUUGUACGAGUAUGAGGUGUCGAGAAAAGAAGAUUAACUAAUUCAAAGAGAGAAUCAUCUAAACAAGCAAGAGAAGGAAGUUCGAAGGCUGGUCGUAGAGAAUAGAUGUGGUCAUAUAUUAUUGUAUAUGUAUUGGGUUUGUUUUAUUGUAAUAGUUUUUGGUUUGUUUGGAUGAUAGAUGUAUCGAUCGUUAUUGUAAUUACAAAAUUCUAUAUGAAUAUUUUGUAACUGUGGAACGGUUUACAUAUGGUAAUGUCAAUAACUG